AUGCGACAAGUUUCAGAAACAGGCCUCAAUAUCUUACACACAAUGCUUGUAAACAUGUCCAGCGCUAAUUCUGAACAACGUCAGGUAUUCUUUAAGACAUUCUUCAUGGAUAUUCUACAGCACAUGUUUGCUGUUAUUACAGACCGCUCUCAAACAGGAAACUUAACUCUCCAGUCCUCACUGCUAGCCUACAUGUUUAAAAUAGUGGAGAAUGAUAUCAUCACAGUCCCUCUUGGCGACUCCACAGAAGCAACACUUACACCAGGUUCAAAGGUCAAUGUACAAUAUGUGCAUCAAAGUUUAAGCCAACUGCUCAAACAGGUUUUUCCUCAUCUUCAAGAAACACAAAUCCGUAUUUUCAUCGAUGGGUUGUUUUCAUUUGAUCAAGACGUAGCCGCGUUUCGAGAACACGUGCGCGACUUUCUUGUUCAGAUACGUGAGGUUGCAGGAGAGGAUUUAUCUGAUUUGUAUCUGGAAGAAAGGGAAGCUGAAAUUGCACAAGCUCAAGCAACAAAGAUAAAACGUCAGGCUUGUGUUCCUGGAAUUCUGGGUCCCCAUGAAGUCGAUAUGUGUGACUAG